GGGAGAAGAGCAGCAGAAGCACAGUCAGGCUAGGCUAUCUGACGUUAGCAGUAAACAGCUCUCACUCGGUUCAGAAUAAAAUAUUAAACUUUAAAUUGUCUCCACGAUGAAAGAUGUCGGCGGGUUCCUCAAACAGCAGCAGAGCAGCAGCUCCACGCCGGAGAUGGCUGCCGAGUGGCACACGUUGGAGGAGUAUUAUAACAAAAGAUUGUGGCAUCAGUUGACUCUGAAGCUGACAGACUUCGUUAAGGACCCCUGCUUCAAAACAGGAGAUGGACUCAUACAGCUGUACGAUAAUUUCCUCAGCGACUUCGAACACAGAAUCAACCCGUUAUCCCUGAUGGAGAUUAUACUGUAUGUUGCCCGACAGAUGAAAGAUCCUAAAGACGCCAUCACUUUUCUGGAGAAGACCAAAGACAAGGUGAAAAGCAGCGAUGAAGCCGCCAGUCUCUGUAAGACGUCCAUCGGCAGACUCAAACUGGAGAUCAACGAUCUUCCUGCAACGAAGAAACUCAUCGAAGAGGUGGAGGAGAUGUUGAAUAACCUGCCCGGCGUCACGUCUGUGCACGGUCGCUUCUACGACCUGUCCAGCAAAUAUUACCGCAUCAUCGGGAACCACGCCUCCUACUACAAGGACGCCCUGCGCUACCUGGGGUGUGUGGACAUCAAAGACCUUCCAGAGACGGAGAAGCAGGAGAGGGCGUUCACGCUCGGCCUGGCCGGACUCUUAGGAGAAGGCGUUUAUAACUUUGGAGAGCUGCUGAUGCAUCCUGUGCUGGAGUCUCUGAGGAACACGGACAAACAGUGGCUCAUCGACACCCUAUACGCCUUCAACGGAGGAAACGUGGAGAAGUUCCAGGGCUUCAAGUCGGCCUGGGGCCAACAGCCUGACCUCGCAGCACACGAGGCCAAACUGAUGCAGAAGAUCCAGCUGCUCUGCGUGAUGGAGAUGACUUUCACUCGUCCUGCAAACCACCGACAGCUCACCUUCACCGAGAUCUCUGAGAGUGCCAAAAUCCCCGUUAAUGAGGUGGAGCUGCUGGUGAUGAAGGCUCUGUCUGUGGGGCUGAUCAAAGGAAACAUUGAUGAGGUGGACCAGAAGGUGCAGAUGACCUGGGUGCAGCCCCGAGUGCUGGACCUGCAGCAGAUUAAAGGCAUGAAGGAGCGUCUGGACUUCUGGUGUGGAGACGUUAAAAACAUGGCCAUGCUGGUGGAGCAGCAGGCUCACGACAUCCUCACAUAAACCCCACCGAGAGAUGGGGGGUGGGGGGGCGCCCUGCUUCUGUUUUCUAUUGUUUUCUACCACAUGUUCAUUCUCCUGUCUCAUUAUUACCUACCUGUAAAUUACACUGUGGUGUCUGUAACAUGAUUCUCUGAGACAUACAGUCAAAUGUGUGAAACAUAAAUAAAAAAAAAACUUCUGACUUUUU